GAAGCAGAAACCGACAACCGCUGUGGGGAAUGAAGAAUUAACCAACUCUCGUGACUGAAAAUCCUCAAAAAACAUUGUCGGGAAUCAAGCAAAACUAUCUUCUGCCUGAAGGACAGGCUUCCGGUUGCCCUUUGGAUCCUGCUGCUUAAAGAGACACACACACAAGGGUCUGUCUCUCACAGUUCUGCAUUUCAGCCACUCUGGUCUUCCACUGGUUAAUCUGACCGCAGGACGGUUUAACAGCCCGACUUCCUCUAUUGAGAGUCGAAACCAACGCAAGCAAACAGCUUCCUGUGACGUCUGUGUGUCCGUGCUCAAUUAGUCAGCACACAUCUCCCGCCCAGAACCGACUUCUGCUGCAUGGAAGCACACCAGCCUUGUUGUCGUCCUGGGUGAUGCUCUCCUCUGAUAACUGAGCCUCAACUAACCUGCAACACUGGACCCACAGACUUCAAACAGGAAUGCUGUUUCACUCCAGUUAGAAUUGUCGAUCUUCAGCCAUGCUUCAGCAGUCUGAACUCAUCUUUGACUUCGCCAGUGACCAUGUGAACCUCUCCGGGCUCGGGAGUCAUUCCGGUUACCCUGCCGUGAUAGUGGAGCAGGUCCCUCAUCCACACCUGCAGUCGUACUCAGGUCUCGCGUGUGAAGACCUGCAGCUGGUAGACGACCACCUCCAGUUGUGCAAAGUGGAAUCUUUUGAUAAUGAGGAGGAGAUCAUGGAGACGCUGGUUUCUGCUGACUCGCUUCUGAACACGGAUUGUCCCGACCCUCUGUCACUGGAUCAGCAUUAUUCUCCGGCCUUUUUUCCUUCCCUGGGUGAUGUCAUCGCCACUCCUGUUACUCAGGUGACCGUGUCAGCGGGGGGUAUUGUGGAAACGGUCGACCAAACACAGUGGAACUCGUUGCACACCAAGAAGCCCGUGACACAACUGCGGUCUCGAAAAAGAGGAAAGAAAUCUAGACGAGCAGAGUCUCCAACCCCAGACAUUGUAGUUAAGAAGCAUAAAUACAACAAAGGGGGACACACUCUGUACCUGUGGCAGUUCCUGAUGGAGCUCCUGCAGGACCGACAAGUGUGCCCGCGGUAUAUCAAAUGGACCAAUCCGAACGCUGGCAUUUUCAAGCUGGUCAACUCGAAAGCAGUGGCCAGGCUGUGGGGAAAACACAAGAAUAAACCUGAUAUGAAUUAUGAGACCAUGGGCAGAGCACUCAGGUACUACUACCAGAGAGGCAUUCUGAAUAAGGUGGAAGGUCAGCGCCUGGUCUAUCAGUUCACCUCCCUCCCUAAAGACAUGAUCUACAUAACAGAAGGAGACGGCUGCAAAGGAGAAGAAGAUCAUGACGAAACCAGCGACAACGAUGAAGAUCUGAGCGGGGACUCUGCUGAUAGUACAGUGUCAUCAAGUGAUCAGUCUGAGAAUGAAGAGGAGGCCAUCCCCACCGAGAAGGAGGAAUCCUUCAGCCCCGACCAAGACCUGUCUGCUCACCAGUCCAAGGCCGCAGUCCGACGUGACUCCGUCUUGCGGACAGGCAGCAACAGUUUGAUUCAGGAGCAGCAUUUACCCAUUGUGUCUGCAGAGAUGCUGAGGACGCUACAGAAUCUGAGAAAGGUCCAGUCGCUGCAGCCCACAGGCCAGGCGUCUGUCUUCAAAACCGCCCAGCUGCUGGGGAGUCUUUGUGAACAGCAGGAUUCUGCUGAUGGUCAGGUCAUGCCCAAAGCGCCUGACCACAAGUUGCACGCAGGAGAGAAGACCACACGAUUGGAGACUUCCCAGCUGGUUCCCACUACUAACACUGGCCAGUAACACAACCCCAUCACUCCUCUGGCUGCAAUUCAUUGUCUUAUUCUCAGACGUGUAGGAAUGCAAGCUUGGACAUGGAAUUCUCCAUUUGUUCAUUCAAUAUUUAUUUGGAAAAUUCAUCAUUUUUUUAAUAUAGCAAGUGCAGUAAAACAUGAAAUGCAUGAUUUAUAUUCUUUUAAUGAACAAUCAGGAUGAAAUGUUUUGUAUUAUUUAUUUGAUUUUGGACGACAAAACAAACAGUGAACUGUUUUGAAGAGAUAAAUGCUGUGCCGGAUUUAUCACUCCAAAGUAGCACACACUGUGUUUAUGCAGUCUUGAUACUCAUGAAUUUUGUUCAACAGCAGAUCUGAUUUUUCAAUAACAAGAUAAAUCUCUUGUUUCAAUUUUAUUUCUAAUAACAAAAGCAAUUAUUGUAUCCUGUUCAAUUCAGGUAAAUAUUGAAAUGACAAAUGAUGUGCUUUUCUGCAUGACUUUCUGUUUCAGAUUGACAUCUGAUAGCUUUCGGCUGGAUCCAAACAGUCUUCUCAAUGUUCUGAUAUGUUUAUAAAGUUAUCUUAUUACGCCAAAGAAACAUGCACUGGAACGUACAGCCUCUUAAACCUCAGCAGAGCUUCUCUGCUUGCACUGGAGCUCUGUUUUAAUGGACCAAUGCACCCGAUUAACACGUGUUUUUGACAAGCCUCUUUCACUUUUGCCUUUGCCUUAAAGAUGUUACUUUGCACUAAAGUUUACUCCUGCUGUUUCUCCUUUAAGUGCCUCUUUAUUCCUUCCUUCCGUUCUACCUUUGAGAUUACUGAGGGAAACACAUUCCUUUUUUUAAAAUUUGUGGACUUUAAUGUUCAAAACAAGGGAUCACUCUCGUAUUUACGACGUAGUCUUCUUGCUGUAGUGGACAAUCACCAGUGAUGUUAAUUUAGCUCACUACUUCUAUUUAAUCUAUGUUUCCUUAUCACACGCGUAAACACAAGCUUCUGUGGACCUCUUGCAUGUUUGCGUAUUGUCCGUUAUGUACUGUGUAUUUUUUUUGUUUGCUUGACUUGUGCCUUGUUGCCAAUUCCUUCCUCAGGUUUUGUAAAUAUACUUUUACCACGCUGGCAAUAUACUCUAUGCAAAGAGUAAAGUUUAUUAUGAUUAGCAGUUUUGGUUCAUGUAAGCUUUAUGUCAACGCCUUAAAUGCCAAUACUCCUUAUACUCAAUGUGAAAAUGGAUUUCUGGUUAAAUCUGUGAUUGUAGAUGAUAGAUGCGCGAUGACUGUGCCUUCACCCUCAGAACUGAAUGAGAAGUUUUACGCUUUAUUUCAAAGAUGAGCAUCUCUGUUUUGCUGGUCUCUGUAGCUGAGGAAGCACUGGAGUUUAUGUUGCUUUAUCUGUGUUUAUUUUAAGGCAAUCUGGAGAGGUUAUGACAAUAACUGUUGACUAUACAAAAUAAACUUGUGAUUGUGGAAA